GGGAAGAAAUGGCGAAAGCUCUACAACUUCCCAUCAUAGACCUCGCUUCUCCUGAUCGAAUCUCCACCGCCAAUUCCAUCCGUCAGGCAUGCAUAGAAUGUGGUUUCUUUUACCUCAUAAACCAUGGGGUAGAGCAGGAGUUGCUUAAGCAAGUGUUUGAUGAGAGCAAAAGAUUCUUCUCACUCCCCCUUGAAGAGAAGAUGAAAUUGCUUCACAGAGAAAAUAGAGGUUAUACGCCACUGUAUGCCGAGAAUCUCAACCCUUCUUCAAGUUCUAAAGGUGACUCAAAAGAAAGUUUCUAUAUUGGUCCCCUGGAAAGCAUUUCAAGUCAUAGUAAUCUGAAUCAAUGGCCUUCAGAAGAAGUUUUUCCAUCUUGGAGACCUACUAUUGAAUCUUACUAUGAAAGAGUCCUGACUGCUGGAAAAAAGUUGAUCUCUUUAAUUGCUCUGGCUUUAAACUUGGAUGAAGACUUCUUUGAGAAAGUUGGGGCUUUCAAUCCACCAAUGCCAUUUCUUCGUCUUCUACACUAUCCUGGUGAAUUGGGGCUUUCUGAUGAAGAAAUUUUUGGUGCUUCUGCUCAUUCAGACUAUGGAAUGAUAACCCUACUAGCAACAGAUGGUGUUGGUGGACUUCAGGCAUGUUUGGUUUGCAGGGACAAAUCUAAGCAACCACUGGUUUGGGAAGAUGUGGAUCAUAUCAAUGGGGCCCUUAUUGUUAACAUCGGGGACAUGACGGAGAGGUGGACUAAUUGUUUGUUUCGGUCCACGUUGCACAGAGUGAUGUCAACAGGACGAGAACGCUAUUCGAUGGCUUUUUUCCUAAAUCCCAGCGCAGACUGUGUGGUGGAAUGCUUGGAGAGUUGCUGCAGUGAGUUGACUCCUCCUAGAUUUCCACCAGUCCGCAGUGGAGACUACCUGGGAGAGAGGUUCAGGCUUACAUAUGGUUCAUAGGUUUGAGUUUGAAGGCAUCAUGCCUUGAAAAAGCUGAAUAUUUGGUACUUCUGCUCUGCACUUAAUUUAUUUUUAUAUUUGUAUUUUGUGGUUUAAUUUUGAUAAAAAAAACAUAUUUCCUAUACUACUGUCAGAGCCUGAUUGCUCGAUGAGGGAAAAGUUAUAAAAAUUUAGCUCAUAUUUCAUUUAUUAGUUUA